ACCUUGUUAGAAUUAUCUGUUCUUAGGAAGCUCAUAGAAUUAAACAUUUCUAAUUGCCCAGUACUUCAGGAAUUAAGUGUUGUCCACUUGAGCUGCGUGGAAAAACUUGUACUUCACAAUUGUGAUAGUCUGAAAACGGUUUCAGGAUUAUCUGAUCUUAGUAAGCUGGUAGAGUUGAAGAUAACCGGAUGUCGGACGUUUGAGCAGUUGCGUCUAGUGGGUGUGAACUCCUUGAAGUGUAUUACAGUGGAUUAUAGGUCGAAGCCGACACAUUUUGAGUUGGUUAAUUGCAAAAAUUUGGAAACAUUAUCUGGAAAAUUUGGUUCUGAAAAGCUUGCAAGCAUCAUCAUUCGCGACUGUCCCAAACUUGAGCUUUUGCCACCUUUUGAAAUUUCGAAUAACCAGAACACUCUCACAAUUGAUGGAUGUGGCGAGCUCAAUAGUCUUCUCUUGUCCCAGUGUCUUAAUUUGAAAAUAUUGAUGAUUGAAUCGGAUCUGGCAAUGUUAAGCAUAUCGGACUGUCCGGAGCUUGAAGAGCUGCCAUUUUCUACAUGUCAAACUUGCUCCGCAAAGAUUAGCAUUGUGAGAUGUGGGAAGCUGCAGAACAUAACUUUACCAGUAAAACUUGUGGAACUUGAAAUAGAAGAAUGCAGAGAACUAAGAACAGUGACAGCGAUUUGUGAUACUAGUGACUGUUUGGAGCUACAGGAUUUGUCUAGUGUUGCUCGACUGAGUUGUCUGAAGCGGAUUACAAUUCGGACUUGUGAAAGGCUGCAGACCAUACAAGGCAUUGAUGAUUUCCAUGCAUUGGAAAGUCUUCAUUUGUUUGAUUGUCCAGAGCUUGAAAAGCUACCAUUUUCUACAUGUCAAACUUGCCUUGCAAAGGUUAGCAUUGUCAGAUGUGGGAGGCUUCAGAACAUAAUUUUGCCAGCAAAACUUGUGGAACUUGAAAUAGAAGAAUGCAGAGAACUAAGAACAGUGACAGCGAUUUGUGAUACUAGUGACUGUUUGGAGCUACAGGAUUUGUCUAGUGUUGCUCGACUGAGUUGUCUGAAGCGGAUUACAAUUCGGACUUGUGAAAGGCUGCAGACCAUACAAGGCAUUGAUGAUUUCCAUGCAUUGGAAAGUCUUCAUUUGUUUGAUUGUCCAGAGCUUGAAAAGCUACCAUUUUCUACAUGUCAAACUUGCCUUGCAAAGGUUAGCAUUGUCAGAUGUGGGAGGCUUCAGAACAUAACUUUGCCAGCAAAACUUGUGGAACUUGAAAUACUAGAAUGCUGUCUGAAGCGGAUUACAAUUCGGACUUGUGAAAAGCUGCAGACCACACAAGGCAUUGAUGAUUUCCAUGCACUGGAAAGUCUUCAUUUGUUCGAUUGUCCAGAGCUUGAAGAGCUGGCAUUUUCUACAUGUCAAUCUUGCCCCGCAAAGAUUAGCAUUGUCAAAUGUGGUAAGCUCCAGAGCAUAACUUUGCCAGCAAAACUUGUGGAACUUGAAAGAGAAAAAUGCAGAGAACUAAGAACAGUGACAGCGAUUUGUGAUACUAGUGACUGUUUGGAGCUACAGGAUUUGUCUAGUGUUGCUCGACUGAGUUGUCUGAAGCGGAUUACAAUUUGGACUUGUGAAAGGCUGCAGACCAUACAAGGCAUUGAUGAUUUCCAUGCAUUGGAAAGUCUUCAUUUGUUUGAUUGUCCAGAGCUUGAAAAGCUACCAUUUUCUACAUGUCAAACUUGCCUUGCAGAGGUUAGCAUUGUCAGAUGUGGGAGGCUUCAGAACAUAACUUUGCCAGCAAAACUUGUGGAACUUGAAAUAGAAAAAUGCAGAGAACUAAGAACAGUGACAGCGAUUUGUGAUACUAGUGACUGUUUGGAGCUACAGGAUUUGUCUAGUGUUGCUCGACUGAGUUGUCUGAAGCGGAUUACAAUUCGGACUUGUGAAAGGCUGCAGACCAUACAAGGCAUUGAUGAUUUCCAUGCAUUGGAAAGUCUUCAUUUGUUUGAUUGUCCAGAGCUUGAAAAGCUACCAUUUUCUACAUGUCAAACUUGCCUUGCAGAGGUUAGCAUUGUCAGAUGUGGGAGGCUUCAGAACAUAACUUUGCCAGCAAAACUUGUGGAACUUGAAAUACUAGAAUGCUGUCUGAAGCGGAUUACAAUUCGGACUUGUGAAAAGCUGCAGACCACACAAGGCAUUGAUGAUUUCCAUGCACUGGAAAGUCUUCAUUUGUUCGAUUGUCCAGAGCUUGAAGAGCUGGCAUUUUCUACAUGUCAAUCUUACCCCGCAAAGAUUAGCAUUGUCAAAUGUGGUAAGCUCCAGAGCAUAACUUUGCCAGCAAAACUUGUGGAACUUGAAAUAGAAAAAUGCAGAGAACUAAGAACAGUGACAGCGAUUUGUGAUACUAGUGACUGUUUGGAGCUACAGGAUUUUUCUAGUGUUUCUCGACUGAGCUGUCUAAAGUGCAUUACAAUUCAGUAUUGUGAGCAGCUGCAGACCAUACAAGGCAUUGAUGAUUUCCAUGCACUGGAAAGUCUUCAUUUGAUCGACUGUCCGAAGCUUGAAGAGCUGCCAUUUUCUAUAUGUCAAACUUACCUUGCACAGAUUAGAAUUGUCAGUUGUGGGAAGUUGCAGAACAUAACUUUGCCAACAAAACUUGUGGAACUUGAAAUAAAAGGAUGCGGAGAACUAAGAACAGUGACAGCGAUUUGUGAUCCUAGUGACUGUUUGGAGCUACAGGAUUUGUCUAGUGUUGCUCGACUAAGCUGUCUAAAGUGCAUUACAAUUGAGGAUUGUAAGGAGCUGCAGAUCAUUCAAGGCAUUGGUGAGCUACAUGCACUGGAAAGUCUUCAUUUGUUAGAUUGUCCGAAGCUUGAAGAGCUGCCGUUUUCUACAUGUCAAACUUGCCUUGCAAAGAUUAGCAUUGUCAGAUGUGGGAAGCUGCAGAACAUAACUUUGCCAACAAAACUUGUGGUACUUGAAAUACAAGAAUGCGAAGAACUCAAAACAGUGACACUGGUUUGUGAUCCUAGUGAAAGUUUGGAGAUACAGGAGUUGUCAAGUGUUGCUCGACUGAGUUGUGUGCAGCGAAUUUCAAUUCAGGCUUGUGAGGAGCUGCAGAUCAUUCAAGGCAUUGGUGAGCUACAUGCACUUAAUCUAAUGCAGCUUUCAUGUUGCAGCAAUGCAACAAUACGUAAUUGCAUUCACAUGUUAAAGAGCCUGCCGUCAAAGCUUCUUGUUGUGAUUGGAAGAGCAGUAAAUGGAGCGCUGUCAACUUUGAAAUCACCUCUCUUUUCUGAUGCCGAUGCAGCCAUUGAAGAUAUCAUUACUCCCACAAUAAUGGCAGAAUUGAGUGCGGUCAUCCUUUGCUUUGUGGUUGGGCCUAAUAGUUGUACCCUACACGAUCUGAUUCUAUUCUUUACAUGUUGUGAUUUGGACUGGUGGUCAGGCUUUCGGGCAGACUGUUGGUGGCCGCUGGCCCAAGGAGAGUGGUUAGUUACCGUCGUCAUUACCGACGAAGAUAUGCUAGAGAGUUGUGACGAUUCUCUACAAAAAUAUGGAGAGGUAAAGUACGGGAAAAAGGUCUGCAUAAAGAAAGGUGAAGAGUGGAAAACUCUGCCUAUGUUAUGUACAAUUAUUGAUAGGCUAUAUUAGAAUUAGGUGGUCAUCCUUCAGAAAUUAUAGCGCUUAGGUAUUGAGUUUGAUGAUGAUGGGAGAGGAUUUUGUAACUGUGCAGUACUAAAAUAGGUGGCUAAUAUUCAAAUAUAUAUUGUAAAUGGAGUUGAAAGAAAAUUAAUUUCAAGAGAUGUUAGGUCAUAGGGAAAACUUAACUCUUGUUAUUAUACUACAAGGCAUUAUAUAGUGGUGGCAUGAGGAACUUAA